CAUGCGCACUUUUUCAGCAAACAAGAAGGGCAAGGGCGUGGGCGUGCGGAAACGGUAACGUUUUCUAUUUGGCUCUUGCGCGCAAGGUUGGCAGCGUCAGAUCCAAUCGUCAAUCAUCAUAUAUUUCCAGUGAUGAUCCCCGUUGAAUUCCCUAAUUCAGACUGAAUCACAAUUAGGGAUUUAACGUUAUUUUAGAUCUCCUAUUCAACGGUAACAACAAAGGUAUAGUCAUUGCGAUUCCUCUUGAGAUUGAUGCAUUGCUCUAUCGCUUUGAUGUAUUGAGCGAGUUGGGAUCUGCUCUGUUCUUUAGAUGUUGAAGUUUUUUUUGGAUAUUAUGAAUUGUCAUUUGGUUACGUAUCAAUUUCAAUUCAAAUUUUACGAAAAUGGGAGUUGUGACUUCAGUUUGCGUAAUUCGGCUGCGGAGAUAAUCAGUGUGAAUCUGUUACGUAGUUAGUUAGCUUAUGCUUUGGAGAAGUUCAGGAAUCGCACGUCUUUGGAUGUGAUACGUCUCCUUUGUGAAGUUUCUACAAAUUUAUUUCUACUUUUACUUCUCUAUUCUAUUCCGGCUUUGAUCCACGCAGUGAAGUACGCGAGUCCGGUUACAAUUAUUUUUUGUCAGGUAAGAGUUCAGAAGUUCAGAAGCAGUGUGAUCCCCAAAGAUUGCAUCAAUGUCAAUGGAGGAAGGCAAGGUUGCUGAAAUUUCUGAUAUUCACAUGGAAGGUUCUUCUGUUAAUCCUGAGAAACAGUUGUCUGACACCCGCCAUGGAAGUAAUGGGAAUUUUGCCAAAGAAAAUGGAUUACAUGAUGACAAUCCAUUGACAGAGACUUCUCAUGAGCAGCUUGUACAAAUGGUUUUUGAGCUAAAGCUUCAAAAUGAAUUCCUGAAGUCUCAAUUUGAGGGUUUGAAAAAUCUCCAGUCAGCAGAUGAUGAAUCUCGACAAAGGACAGAAGCAAGUGAUAGAAAAACAGUGGCAUCUGCUGUUGCAGAGGGACUCCACCAGAGAAUCGAGUCUUUGAGUAGAGAACUUCAUGAAGAAAAACAAACACGAAGGGCAGCAGAGGAGGCUUUGAAGCAUCUUCGUGAGGCACACUCUGAAGCAGAUGCAAAAGCUCAGGAGCUCUCAGCAAAACUUGCUGAAGCUCAACAGAAGUUAGAUCAAGAAAUAAAAGAGCGUGAAGAGAAGUACUCUGAACUUGAUUCCAAAUUUCAAAGGCUUCAUAAAAGAGCCAAGCAACGUAUUCAAGAGGUUCAGAAGGAAAAAGAUGAUCUUGAAGCUCGGUUUCGUGAGCUAAAUGAUACUGCUGAGCGAGCAUCAUCACUGCAGUCAACAUUGCAACAAGAGCUAGAGCGCACAAGGCAACAGGCAAAUGAUGCAUUGAGAGCAAUGGAUGCUGAGAGGCAACAACUACGGAGUGCAAACAAUAAACUCCGUGACAAAAUUGAGGAGUUGCGCAGAUCAUUUCAACCCAAAGAGAAUGCUCUUGAGGCAUUACAACAGACACUUUCGGAGAAAGAACAGAUGUUGGAAGACAUGAGAAGAUCACUACAAUCUGCAGAAGAGAAAAGGCAAGCUUCUAUAGCUGAGCUCUCUGCUAAACAUCAGAAGAAUAUAGAGAACUUGGAAGGCCAACUUGCUGAUGCUUUAGCUGAUAGGGCUAAGGCUACUGAAACUAUAUCUUCACUGCAGGUGUUGAUUGCAGAGAAAGAGUCUAGAAUUGCAGAGAUGGAUGCUGCAUCAAGUGGCGAAGCAGCUCGGCUUAGAGCUGCUUUGGAAAGUGUAAAAGGAGAGCUUGCUCAGCAAAAACAGGAGCAUGAGAAGGAAAAAGAGAGCUGGGAAGCUGCCUCCCAGGCACUCAAAAUGAAACUUGAAAUUGCUGAGGGUAACUGCAUACGUUCUGAAAUUGAGGCAGCUAAAAUGAGAAGUCAGCUCGAACAAGAAGUGUCUGUACAAAAACAAAUGCUAAACAAGAAGGAUGGUGAACUGGUGGCUGCCAAAGAGGAGAUUAACCGCCUUGAAAGUGAAUUUUCCUCAUAUAAAGUUCGUGCUCAUGCUCUACUCCAGAAAAAGGAUGCUGAGCUGGCUGCAGCUAGGGACUCCGAACAACUUAAAGCUUUGGAGGAAGCUAUAAAUGAAGCUGAAAGAGAACUGGCAUUGGUAUCUUCAGAAAGGGAUAAGGUUGUCCAGGAUCUUCAGGAUGCAUUGGCUAAUCAUGCCAAAGAACUAGCUGAAAGAGAUGUGGCUCUCAACAGUUCCAAGCAUCAGAUCAAGAGCACAGAAAUAAAACUUGAUUCUGCAAAUGCUCGCUACCAAUUAGAGAAAGAAGCAUGGGAAACAAACCUUAAAAAUUUGGAAGAAUCAUGGCAAUUGAGAUUUGAGGCAUUGAAGGCAGAAAAGGAAGCAACUUCUGGGCAAGAUAUACAUAAAGAACUAGAAGUGCUCAAACUACAGUAUAAAAAACUCAAGGAAGAGCAUGACUCAUUCCGUGGCCUUGUUGAUAGAAUGAUUGAGGAUAAGGAUAAAGAAAUCUCUAAACUUCUUGAUGACAAUAAGAAUCUUCGCUCCUCUCUUCAAUCAAGGCCUCAAUCUACCUUGUCCCAGGAGGAUCAAAAUGAAAAUAACAUCACAGCCUUGAAAAUACAGGAGUCACCAAAUUUAAGCACUUCUGCUGCAGAACAGCAAAUUUUGCUUUUGGCCAGGCAACAAGCUCAGAGAGAGGAAGAGCUGGCACAAUCACAGCGGCAUAUUCUAGCACUUCAAGAGGAAAUUGAGGAACUUGAACGGGAAAAUCGUCUUCACAGCCAACAGGAAACCAUGUUGAAGGCUGAGCUACGCAACAUGGAAAGAACACAGAAAAGGGAGGGGGUAGAUAUGACAUAUCUGAAAAAUGUGAUAUUGAAACUACUUGAAACAGGUGAAGUGGAAGCACUUUUGCCCGUCAUUGCAAUGCUUCUGCAAUUCAGUCCUGAAGAGUUGCUGAAAUGUCAACAAGCAUACAGGACAUCUACUGAUGUUCCACCAGGUCCUGCUAGUGAUACUUCUGGAUCCACACUCUCGCUUUUCUCAAGAUUCUCAUUUUCAUAACGCUAGAAAGGACACCCCAAAGGAUUCUUUUGUUGCAGAACAGUCUGCAACUGAUAUCCAGCCAUAGCUAUGUUGGGUGUUUGCUAGCAGAUUCAAUGCAGAGGGAACAUUAUUGUAUUUUAUUCUUUUUGUCUCAAAUUCUUUUCUUUGAAGCGACUGUUCAAAUAUUGUAAAGAAAAAUCACAUGAGAAUGAUAUAUAAUAACCAUGCAGAAGAACGUCUUGGCAGCUUUCAUUUAGGCUUUUUGGACGAAUUGCCUUGAAGGUUGCCCUUUUCUUAUGCAUUUAUUUCCAAA